AUAGCUCCAUCUAUCUGUCUUUCUUUCUCUCUUUCGCUGUGAUUUAUCAGUUUUUCUCUUCUCUAGAACUUCCCACAUUUUUGUUUGAUUUCGACCUCUUCAUCCCUACUGAUAAUCACACUUCAUAUUUUCUUUUGUCCUUCAUUUUCUGUAUUUGUUAUCUAUAUAUAUUCCGUGUAAUUGUUCAGGGUUUAGAUUUGGCGUUGCAUAUUGUUUGAUCGUCAGAGAUCGGGAGGUGUUUCUCAAGUUCCGUUUUCGUUUCUAUAUACGCGUAGAUACAGGAGUUAGGGUUGGGAGUGACUCAAGCACGUGUUGAUUUGAGGAUACAACGGAAAAUGCUGCAUCUGAAGCAACAGACGGGGAUGAUGAUGCGUGUGGGUUUGUUUAUAUGCACCAGUUGGUAGAUUGGAGAUUUUGAAUUUUGGAAUUGAAUGCUGGAGCAGUUGAUUCCCUGGCCCGGUGGCUGGCUCGGCUCGGGAUUCAUUGAGUUUGUUCGGGGGAUCUGCUUAACCGCCAAUGGCUGCUUCAGGGAACGAGCCACCCCCUUCUCCGCCGGAAACGCACUUUUUCAAUGGGAAAGGAGAGCAGCAAUGCCUGUCGUCUCCUUCAGAUCCGCCUCAGGAGGGGUUUAUGGAGAAAUUUCGUCUAUACGAAACCCGCUCGAAGUUUUACAUGAUAGGGAGGAACAAGAGUAGAACGUACUGGAGAGUUUUGAAAAUUGAUAGGACGGAGCCUUCUGAACUUAACAUUCGUGAAGAUUCUACCACUUACACUGCAAUUGAGUGCUCUGAUUUGUUGGGAAGAAUACAUGAAGGAAACAGAUCUACAGGAGGAUUGAAGUUUGUCACCACAUGUUAUGGCAUUGUUGGGUUCAUAAAAUUUUUGGGGCCUUACUACAUGUUGCUUAUUACAAAGAGGAGGCAGAUUGGUGACAUUUGUGGUCAUACCAUAUAUGCAAUCUCUAAGAGCGAGAUAAUCCCACUUCCAAGUUCUUAUGUUCAGUCAAAGAUGGCUAAUUAUAAGAGUGAAUACAGAUAUAAGAAGCUUAUGCGUAUGGUGGAUCUUACAAAGGACUUCUUCUUUAGCUAUUCAUACCACAUAAUGAGGAGUCUACAGAAAAACAUGUGUGAUAAUGUAGCGGGGCAAGUCCCAUAUGGCACCAUGUUUGUCUGGAAUGAGUUUUUAACCUGUGGAAUACGGAAUAUCCUCCAUAAUACUUUCUGGACAGUUGCAUUGGUCUAUGGAUUUUUCAAGCAGUCUACCUUUUCAAUAUCUGGGCGGUACUUCAAAUUGGCACUCAUUGCGCGACGUUCACGCCAUUAUGCUGGCACAAGAUAUCUUAAACGAGGGGUGAAUGAAAAGGGCAGAGUAGCCAAUGAUGUUGAGACGGAGCAAAUUAUAUUUGAGGAUGUUGCAGAAGGUUUCCCAAUGCAGAUUAGCUCUGUUGUCCAAAAUCGUGGGUCAAUUCCACUCUUUUGGUCACAGGAAACAUCACGUCUAAAUAUUAAGCCUGAUAUAAUACUGUCAAAGAAAGAUCAAACUUAUGAAGCAACCAGACUGCAUUUUGAGAACCUCGCCAAGAGAUAUGGGAACCCCAUAAUUAUUUUGGAUCUAAUAAAGACCCAUGAAAAAAGACCCCGGGAAUCCAUUCUUCGUACUGAGUUUGCUAAGGCAAUUGAAUCCAUCAAUAAGAAUCUAUCAGAAGAACAUCGUCUUAGGUUCCUGCACUGGGAUUUGCACAAACAUUCUCGACGCAAAGCAACAAAUGUCCUGUUUUUCCUUGGGAAAGUGGCUACAUAUGCGUUGAAUUUGACAGGUUUCUUCUACUGUCAAGCCGCACCACCCUUAGGAUCUGAAGGUCCAAGAUGGCCUUGUCUUGAAGUUUGCAAUUAUGCGUGGCACAGGAGUUCUGAUUCAAGCUAUAAGGACCGAUUGAGACACUGUAACCCAGAUAAUGAGAAACAUGGUGAUGAUGAAAAUAGUGACUCAGAUAGUUCUGAAGGGAAAGCUAAUGGUAAUCCUUCCAUUAAACCUCCAAUGUUACAGAAUGGGGUGCUCAGAACAAAUUGCAUAGAUUGCUUGGACAGAACUAAUGUGGCACAAUAUGCAUAUGGUUUGGCUGCUUUGGGUCAUCAGCUUUGUGCUUUGGGGGUUACGAGUUCCACAAAGAUUGACCUUGAUGAUCCUUUGGCUGAGGAUUUAAUGGGAUUCUAUGAGAGAAUGGGUGAUACACUAGCUCAUCAAUAUGGUGGCUCUGCUGCUCAUAAUAAGAUUUUCUCUGAGAGAAGGGGCCAGUGGAAAGCUGCAACUCAAUCACAGGAGUUCUUCAGAACUCUUCAGAGAUACUACAACAAUGCAUAUUUGGAUGCAGAGAAACAGAAUGCUAUUAAUAUAUUCUUGGGGCACUUUCAGCCUCAAGAAGGAAAACCUGACAUUUGGGAGUUGGACUCUGACCAGCAUUACAAUGUCGGUAGGCAUGGAGAGUCAAAUGUUGAUGAAUAUGGAAGGUCUCCCUUCAAAAGAUCAUUCUCAGAUGGGAAUAUUCUUCAUGAAAGCCAAUCGCCCAUACCUACCAGGACCUUCGAAAAGGAUUUUUCUAAUGCUGACUUUUCUUAUCAAUCACAAGGAAGCAAAGUGCCCUCUGAAUCAACACUGGAAAUUUCAACCUGUGAAAAUGGUUUGACAUAUUCUAGGUAUACUCCCUCUAUGCCUACAAGGGAGCUUUUUGCAGACCUGCCCAGAGAUAGAUGCAUUGAACACGAAAAUGGGGAUGCAUCUGACUGCUCAAACUUUGUUGACUUAGACUGGCUUUCUUCUUCUGGAAAUUCCUGUGAUGAGCUAUUAGAAAGAUCGAUGUACACAAUCUCUCCAAUUGCUGGUAUGUCAUCAGAUAAUGUUGUCAAUGAAAUGGCUGGAGAAUCUACCCCUUCCACCAGUGAGGGUGAAUCUAGUACAAAGGUCAAGAGGUAUGCUGGAAUAGAGCUACCUUACAAGGACACCCAUAUUUAUGAAGUUCUCGAGGAAUUUUCAGAUAGUUUUGUAUGUUGGGUUAACUAUGGAGAGACACUUUGUCAUUGAUGUCAUUUUCUUGCAUUUGGAUGCACAUUUGAGCUGAACAAAUCAAUACUCUGAAGGUACCAAAACUGGGAGGAUAAUCCAGUUGUGGCGGUUUCUUAGUUGUAUGAUUUUCCAGAGAGAUCAGCAAGCUUAUUAUACUUUAGUACGGAACUACUGACACUGCAUAGCCGAUGAUUCUACAAAAAUUCUUUCAGGAGGGCAAGCGCCUUCCUCGUUUCUUUUCCCGUCCUUUUCUUCUGGAAUGUGUUUACUUACUGUUGUAAAUAUACAUGGUUUUGACCUGUGAGAGCUUCACUAAGUAUAGUCUUUAGGCCAAUUAAUUCAAUAACAUGUACGUGUUUGUAUUGGUAACAAGGGUUCAUGCUGCAAAUAUGUUACAAUAUAUCUGUAUUAAACUUUGUUUCCUGUGAUGUUUUUAAUGUAUGCAAAUAAAAGACUUAGACAUUUUCUUGGUAAA